UCUCUCUCCAAACAGCUCAACCCCUCAGACCACUCCAAAACCGUCGCCUCCUACCACACUGCCACUCCCGCCGACGUCUCCAAGGCCAUCGACGCCGCCCUCGCCGCAAAGCCGGCCUGGGAAUCGCUCCCCUUCGCCGACCGCGCCGCCGUCUUCCUCAAGGCCGCCGACCUCAUCGCCGGCAAGUACCGCUACGACAUCAUGGCCGCCACGAUGCUCGGCCAGGGCAAGAACGCCUGGCAGGCUGAGAUCGACGCCGCCGCCGAGCUGGCCGACUUCUUCCGCUUCAACGUAAAGUACGCCGAGGAGCUGUACAGCCAGCAGCCCGAGCACCACUCGCCGGGCGUCUGGAACAGGCUCGAGUACCGCCCGCUCGAGGGCUUCGUCUACGCCGUCAGCCCCUUCAACUUCACAGCCAUUGCGGGCAACCUGCCUGGCGCCCCGGCCCUGAUGGGCAACGUGGUUGUCUGGAAGCCCAGUGACUAUGCCAUUGCGUCCAACUGGCUUGUCUACAACAUCCUGCUGGAGGCUGGUCUCCCCAAGGAUGUCAUCCAGUUUGUGCCCGGCAACCCCGUGGAGAUUACCAAGACGGUCUUGGAGCACAAGCAGUUUGCGGCCCUGCACUACACUGGCAGCACGGCUGUGUUCCGAAAGCUGUACGGCGCCAUUGGCCAGGGUGUUGCCGAGGGCAGAUACGGAUCGUACCCCAGGAUCGUGGGCGAGACGGGCGGCAAGAACUUCCACCUGGUCCACCCAUCAGCCGAUGUCGAGAACGCCGCUGUGCAGACCGUCCGCGGUGCCUUUGAGUACCAGGGACAAAAGUGCAGUGCCACAUCUCGCGCCUAUGUCCCCAAGUCUCUCUGGCCCGAGUUCAAGGAGCGCCUCAUCGCCGAGACCAAGAACCUCAAGCAGGGCGUCCCCUGGGAUCACGCCAACUUUGUCGGCCCCGUAAUCCACGAGGCAUCCUUCAAGAAGCUCUCUGGCGCCAUCGAUGAGGCCAAGAGCGACAAGGACCUCGAGCUCGUCGUCGGCGGUACCUACGACUCAUCAAAGGGCUACUUCGUCCAGCCCACAGUCUACCGCGCCUCCAGCCCUUCUCACAAGUACCUCUCCACCGAGUUCUUCGGUCCCGUCCUCACCCUAUACGUCUACGACGAUGCCGCACCCGACGCCUUCUCCAAGGCCUGCGAGCUCGUCGACUCCACCUCCGAGUACGGCCUGACGGGAUCAGUCUUCGCCAGCGACCGAGAGGCACUGCGCCUCGCAGAGGAGAAGCUACGCAACGCCGCGGGCAACUUUUACAUCAACUGCAAGAGCACCGGUGCGGUGGUUGGCCAGCAGCCCUUUGGCGGAGCCCGAGCCAGCGGCACCGACGACAAGGCCGGUAGCGCAAACCUGUUGACGAGAUUUGUCAACAUUCGAUCGAUCAAGGAGGAGUUUGCGACUACCACAAAGGUGCUGUAUCCUAGCAAUGAGGUUUAA